UGUUAAGGAAAGUCUGGGGAUACUCUGACUUUCAGUUCAGUCUUUAAUGGGGAUUCGAUUCGAUUCCCGUGGAUGUUUUCAAAGAUUUCAGUAGUUCUCAGUUUUGUUUUUAUGUUCGAAAGGAAUCGGUUCGGUUCGUGUUUUUUGUCGUGUCGUCUAGUAAUCAAAUAAGUAGAAAACUGAAAUUUUAACAAAAGUUCUUUUAUACGAUGGACCGCAAUUUGGUGUUUUUCAGUGGCAUUCCGUACAGCCAUCUAAAUUUAGUUGAAAACCCUCAGAGCCAAAUCGGGCCUAGUCCUGGGCACCAUAGUAAUCGCAUUGUUGACUCCUGCGACCCGUAUUGCUACGAGGACGGCGGUGGCGAUGCACGCACUCUGUUCCUGGACGUUGACGAGGAGCAGGAGGGGGAGAAGGAGGAGAACCACUCAUCCUACGCCUCCCCUGCUGAAGUGCAGCUGCAGAAAAUGGAUAUGGAUGAGGAUGUGGGCAUGGAUAUGGUGCGGAAUGUAUCUGUUGUGAAUCCCGUGCUCCACUCACCCCCAGAAGGGGGUGGCGCAUCGGUGGCGAGACGCUCCUUCGGCCGGCUGCCCUAUCUGAAUCUGAGUCGGAAUCUGGAGCAGCGUACAACUGCCCCGUGCUUCUGCCCCGCCAUCCUCGUUGGCCACGAGCAGUAUGUGCUGCAGCCGGACACCAUUUUCGUGCUGGGGAUGCGUUCGAGCAUCACCAAGAACGACAUAAUCGUGUGCUUCGGCAAGAUCGGACACAUCAAGGUGGACGAGGGGACCGACAAGCCGAAGAUCUUCGUCUACAAGGACAAGCUGACGGGCCGCUCCAAGGGGGAGGCAACCAUCACCUACGUGAGCCCCCUGUCGGCCCAUGCGGCCAUAACAGCGAUGAGUGGCAGGCGAUUCAUGGGCCAUACUCUGACAGUCCUCCCCGCCUACCUCUCCACUCGCGCCGGGAGCGUGCGCUACAGCUACCCCCGCCACCCGCGGAGUGCCACGGGGGAGCAGCAGCAACAGCACCCGCGCACCCCCAAGUGGAAGCCGGCCAGCGACAACUGGUCCUGUCGUGUGUGCCGCAACAGCAACUUUGUGUGGCGCUCCUCCUGCAACCGCUGCCAGGCGGAGAAGGGCGCGGCCCCAACCCCUGGCGUUGGCCCCGGACGACGGCCCCACAACAACGAUUGGCUGUGCGACGGUUGCAACAACAUCAACUUCUGGUAUCGCAAGAGGUGCAAUCUGUGCAAUUUCCCCAGGGCCGAAGAGACCGCCAGCGACUCCGCCGUGAACUCCCCAAUGGAGAAGGAAAAGUGGGAGCUAGUGCUGCAGUCCUCGGUGCAGGAUCUUCUCUCCUCCCACGGCACUAAAGACGAUGUUUCGAUCGAUGUUUAAUGUUUAAUAUUCAAGUAAUAGCCAAAAUGCCUCUAAAUUCGAUGUAAUAAAUGUCACGUUCAAUUUUGAAA